AUGACCCUUCCUCUGUUCAACCUACCAAGCGCUGCUAUUCGUCUCGUUACCCAAAUGAUGACCAGCAGUGAAUUAUACAACCUUUGGUCUCUCUCUAAAAAGACGAAAGAAACCGUGAAACCAUUGUAUCCUAGGAACACACAUGUUCAGCGCAUUUUGAACGAGGAAUUAGUUUCGAUAAAAUGGAUAUGUCAAAUGAGAUAUGUUAUUGAACAUCUCCGGAUACUCUUAGAUCCUGACCUAAUCACAUUCACAAAUUCUCUUGCAAUGGUGACGUCGCCGUUCUCUCUUUUCAACCUACCCGAUAAGGCUAUAAGUCAAGUGAUUCAAUUCAUGAACUAUGAUGAGCUAAUUUUCUUGUCUCUUCUUUCUAAAAGAGCAAAACACAUUGUGGAGUCGUUGAAUGUGAAAAGUACUCUUGUGUCUGUUGUUGUAAACGAAGGGAUUGAUGUUCAUUUAUCAAUUGGCACAAAAGAAUAUUUAAAAUUCGAGUAUUUUAAUGAUGACAAAACUCAUCAUGCACCACCGAAUGGAAUGUGGUUAAAAGUUAACAAUGAUUGUGAGCUAACAGAGUCCUGGAGAAUCAAAGGACUUUGUAUCAAGAAGUGGUUGGAUCAUAUCAAGACCAUCUUCCAUUUUUCGGAAAUCGAUUAUUUCAACUUUGGCGAGGACUCAAUCACAUUUGAUAUCGAUGUGAUCCGUGAUAUAUUCGACAAUUACUCAGGAUUCCGGAAUCCGUUCUUCCCAGAUUGGAACAGUACUCCUUAUUCAAUCAUCUCAUCUGCACCAGGGAUGACAACCCCAUUUCCUCUGAUCAACCUACCAAGAAAUGCUAUUCGUCUUGUUACUCAAAUGAUGACCAGCAAUGAGUUAUUUUUCCUUUGGUCUCUCUCCGAAAAGACAAAGAAAGAAGUGAAGCCAUUGUAUCUGAAGAACACAUAUGUUCAGCGUAUUUCGAGUAAUGAUUUAGUUUUGUUCAAAAUGCUAUUAAAGGGCGAGAAAUUUAAAGAUGAGUUAGACGAAGAGAAACUCACAUUCACGUCUCCUCCUGCGAUGGUGACAUCUCGGUUCUCUCUUUUCAACCUACCCAAUAAGGCUAUACGUCAAGUGAUUAAAUUCAUGGACUUUGAUGAAAUAAUUCUUCUUUCUUUUCUUUCAAAGAGAGCAAAAGAUAUCGCAGCGUCGUUGGAAAUAAAAUGUGAUAUUGUGAUAAUCGAUAUAGGCAGUAGUAUUAAAAUCGAUAUCUCAAUUGACACAAAAUUCACUCUAAACUUGGAGAUUUCUAACAGCCAAACUUCCGAUUCGCCGAAAGCAGCGUUAUUAAUCAGUGAAACUAGAGAAGAAGAAGAUAAAGUAAUCAACUCGUGGAUCAUCAAUGGAUUUAGUGUCAAAAAGUGGUUGAAUCAUAUCAAAUCUAUCUUCCAUUUUUCGGGUGAAAAUUAUCUCAUCUUUUGCGAGGGCUCAGUCGCAUUUGAUAUGAACGACUUCCGUGAUGUAAUCAACAGUCACUCAAAACUCGAACUCGAAGACGAUUGCGGUCCUGAGAGUUAUGUAAUGGAUAUACUAAAAACCUUCCCAACUACAAAACUUGGGCUGAGCAGCAGCUUAUUUGAGAGUGGAAAGCCUCCAUACGAGGUGUUGAUUCAAAACUAUGACCAGCUUUACAUUUGUUCCAGACAUCAAUCCACAAUCACAUUGGAUGAUUUAUUAACUUUGAAUAGUUUAUAUAUUUUUGUAUCUGGAUUGACUAUCACGGAAAAAAAUGUCAAUAGACUCAUCAAACAUUGGAUGAGAGGGUCGAAUCCUCGAAUGGAACAAAUGUAUAUCAGUUUCAACGGUGAUAGAAUCAUUGAUAAAGAUCUAGUUCUAAAGAAACUGAAUUACGUGGAAUUCUCCGCGGAUCAGAAGAGAUAUUUCAAAGAAAAAGAUGAACCGACGUUCACCAUUUUGACAAUUAAAGGAGGCUUUAACAUUUCAAGAUCCGAUGGAACUAAGGCUACUAUUCAAUUUGAAGAGUCUUUCAAGUCCUUACAUAUUUAUGUUUGGCAUCCUCACUGUAUUGCAGAGUUUGAUUAUUCAGAUGAACCACAACCACAUCGUGCACCAUUCUUUAAUUGA